AUGGAGUCCAUAGUGACACAAAGGAGGCUCCUGGAUGGACACAUGGGAAAGACCGUGGGAAUUACAGAUGACGUCCUGCAGCAUGAUCACAAAUGUUCCCAACUAAGCCCUCCUGCUAAGUGUCCAGAGGUGGAUGGCUUGCAAGAGGCCGGGGACCGCUCUGCACACCUGCUCUCAUCACAGGCCUUCUUAUCCCUCAUCUCCAUGUACAUGAACAAGACUCAGCAAGCGAGAAAACGUGCCCGAUAUCCACAUAGACACAUGGCUGCAGAGAAAAACCCGACUUCCAUUACAUG